UCCGGUGGGAGCACACACUCUUCGUCGCCAGCUUUGGCUGAGGUCAGGAUGAGUGAGGUCAGUGAGCUGAGUGAAGUCAGUGAGCUGAGUGAGGUCAGUGAGCUGGAGUAUGUGGUCCUGACACCAGGGGACGUGGACGACGUCACCAGCUUACUGGUCGAUCAUUUCUACCCGCGGGAAAGUAUAAGAAUGAGUGUUGGUUUGAGCCCCACAACGAAAAUGGACGAGGAGUAUAUUCACAACUGCUUGACGUCGGCGCUGUCGAUGGGCGCCAGGGAUACUACCGGACGUUUAGUCGGCCUAGUACUAAGUUAUAUUUAUUCUACCGAAACUCCAAAUCUUAUUAACAUGGUCAAAUGCAGCAAUGAUAUAGAGCUAAAGGUGUGGCAAGUUGAUAAAAUUAUGGCGGAUCUUGUGGACGAUUUCCUGGAGCCUGGAGUGGAUAGCGUCCAGCAGAUGACGCGUCUCUGUGUGCAUCCCGACUAUUGUCGCCGUGGUGUUGCUGCCACGUUGGUACAGAAAAGCAUGGAGCUUGGUGCUAAACGAGGCUGCCAGAUAGCACGAGCAUCAGCAACCAGCCUCUGUACUCAGAAGCUGUGUACUCGUCUGGGUUGGGAGACACGAGCAACACUUCACCUAAAUACACUCGAGCGCGACCUUCUGAACGUCUCCCGCAUUUCUUGCAAUAAAUUCAAGAUCAUGACCAAGCGUUUAGUCCCUAAGACAACAAAAAACUCCUGGUUGUAAACAGCACAAGAAGUAGCAUUAAUUAAAACUAGUUAUUUUGCGUCUAACGUUAGCAAUUGUUAUGCAAUUCUUAAUCUAUAUUUUAUUGUUACUGACAUCAGGUAACUCAAUACCUCUUAGCUGACCCACAAAGUUGAUCUGAUACGAUAGCUUUAUUAUGCUACAAUAGAAGCUUAUUUAUUCGGUAAUUGGUCCAGGUACAGAGCCUAUUGUUCCGAUAGUUUAGCAAGCUACCCUAGUAAUUAGUUAUUUACAAAAUAUGAAAUCAAUCACAUAGUAAGAGAUACAUUAAAACCAACGACAGAGGUAAUUUAUUCAAUGCUUGCAAAUAUGCAACAUCGAUCAUUAUAGAAUAAAUUUAAGUAUUUAUUUUAAAAAUCGAAAUGCGCACAGCAUGUCUAUCCUCCUGGUAGUGAUCAACAGGAUAUAAUGACACACAAAAAAGGUCAAAAAGCAAGAUUAGCAAGAAGCAUUAUAUCAGUUCUAAGCAAAAUAGCUGUCUUAAUGUGAAUGUUACAGUUGGCGAUCUUCGGCUGUUUAACAAAAAAGUAUUGCAAAAAUUUGUGGUAGAUGAAAUAAAUAAAUUAUUUAUUAAUUUGAAAGAGACUUGCCUCGAAUUUCUAGAUGUUUAAUUUUGACGAUGACAGUGAGGAAAGGUGUAUAAUAGUUUUGUUGACAAAGUCAGUACUUAAUUAAAUUGACCCCCGCUGGUGGUAUAAACUUCCACAGGUUUAAAUUAUAUAAGAUGAUAUCCUUACUAUAACAGACAUUUUCUUACACUUUUUUAGUGGAUAACAAAUAACAGACCAAUUCUCCACUGGGCCAACGUUUCUCUCAGAGAAGAAUUUAUUCAUUUCAAGAUGGUAAUCGUCCAAUCCUAAAACCCAUGAGUGAUAUUUAAUCCCUAGUACAACAACUGAUAUGCAGUCCUUACUAUAACAGUUCAUGUCCAGUUCCUACUACCAAAGCUCAUAUUUCACUUAAGUCAAUGAUACUACCGAGGAAGGUAGUACUUUAGAUAUACGCGCGACAUCUGGGUAGCUUUAUCAGCGUGAAGUGUCUCCUGCACAGCAGGUAGGUAAUCUAUGACAAAAGUCGGUAAGUGAGAACAAACACUUGUGGCAGAAGUUCCUUUUAAUAUAAAGUUUCGCCUCAGACUUGGCUUUAUCAAGUACACAGGAAUGAGCAAAUAUAUCAGGCUUUGAAAAAGACAUGUCACACAUAAGGUCCUUUCGACAGCAAGUCAGAUAUUGGUGGGAGCUGGAGGCUGGGGUGAGGUGACGAGUUUAUUUUGUUUAUUAUAUGAAUUGUGGACAGUGUGGGUAAUUGGUCCAACCAACAUGCAGAAAAAAAAGAGUAUUGUUCUGUACUGCCAAACUACUUGGUAAGUCACUACGUGGCACCAUAUUCCGAAAUGUUGACCAGGAUAUCAGAAGGCGAGUAGCGCAUAGUAACGAGGAAAAGUAAACCAGACAUGGCCGUAUAUUUUGUAUGCUUUGUGACGCAAGUCCCAGGAUGAACGCAGGUAGAUCUUCCAUUAUAACCAUCCAAUCUCAACACCAACUAUCUAACAUCGAAACCUAGGUCCUCAGCCUUGGACUUACAUUUUCCACAGAAGUCCGAAAACUAGACGAAUAUAUUGAAUUUACUCCAUAGUCAUAAGCACAAUGCUUCUGAUUUCAUGAAACGAUAAAUGCAAGGUAUCCUCACUGUAGCCCUAUAUGAGAGUCCCAAACUUUCUCUUCCAAGCGUAUGCUGAAGCUCUCGAGAGAAUUUCUAAAAAAUCCAAACAUUAGGAUUACUACCAUUGACAAAGGGAAAGGAGUAGUCAUUCUGGUGAUUGUCACUGUUUAUCAACCAAGACACCUAUCUAAACAUCAUUCCUCAAACACUAGACAAAGAAUCUACAACCUUCCUCAGAGAAACAAGAAAAAUUCUCAGGCCUUCCACACAGGGAAGUAAACUCUGUCCCUUCCUACUUAAGACAGACCUGCAUACGUCUACAGUCUUCUCAAAACACAAACUCAACAUUCCAUUACACUGCAUCACUUCAGAGAUCGGCAUAACUUCAGGGGCUGGCGGAUGUUUUAUUGAAACACCAAUCUAAAAUGCUGGUUACAGUCAGCAGCUCACAUCUGCGAGAUUAUACCUCUCCAGGCUCAUCUAGGCGGCAAUCAAAAACAAGAAACUCGGUAGCUUGGAGGUGACCCUCGUCUUCACUCUAAUUCCUAUUGAUCAAGUAAUUGCCUUUCUUUGUAGCUCUGGCCCUACAGACCUCAACUUGCCCCAUCCUGUAGAGGAUUUCAUUGCCCUUUUGAAGUCUGUGUUAAUGUCAAC